UGGGCGUUGCGUUUUCAAUAUGAGACUCUUUAAAACUGCUGCCGCAGACGCAUUAUUCAACUAGUCUCGGGAUCUACGACUUUGGAAAUAACGCGGUAACUUUGGCACGUAUUUCGGCGUUUCCAUCAGUUUUUGUGGAUUUACUUUCACUUUCAUCUCAAACCGUGAGGAAACAUCAUGUUGCUCCUGUUAGUGGGAAUCGUCUUCCUGCACAUCGCAGCGCUCGUCCUGCUCUUCGUGUCCACUAUAGUCAGCGCAUGGGUUGUCAACCCAGCCAGCAGCUCGGAUCUCUGGAUAAACUGCACCACAAUAGAUCAAGUGUCUAAAUGUGACGCUGCAGAUUCUGGAGUAUGGAUUCAGGCGGUCCAAGCCCUCAUGAUCCUGUCCAUCAUCUUCAGUAUCCUGUCUCUCUUGCUGUUUUUCUGCCAGCUUUUCACGCUUCAGAAGGGCGGACGCUUCUUCCUCACUGGAGCUUUUCAGAUCUUUGCUAGUCUUUUCGUCAUGUGCGGGGCUAUCAUUUAUACGGUUAUGAACAUCGAGUGGGUCCAUCCAUCAUUGUCUUACGGCUUUUCCUAUAUCCUGGCCUGGGUGGGCUUCCCUCUGGCACUCAUAAGCGGUUUAAUCUACGUCAUUUUGAGAAAACGGGAGUGAGGUGGCGUCCCCCGGUGGCCGCCCCCAGGAAAUACAGCUUUGAAGCCAAAGUAUCGCAAAUCUUCAGUAUCUUCAUCUGGGGUGUCAGUAGAAAUCUACACCACUGCCACCACACAAAGACAUGUUCAAUACUGUCAUCAUCUAAGGAUGUAUAUAGUAUCUAUGGUUUAAAACCUAUUUAUAACACUUUUUACAUGUAUGUAAAUAGUAUUUUGUGUUUGCUUGUUUGACAAUGAACCUCCGAAGAGCUUUUCUUUUAGCUAAUUAAGUGCCUCGACCGAGUGUUUGUCCGAGAAACGUGCAUUAUUAGUUAGUCAUGUGUGUGUUUGUGUCAUUUUCUUUCCUAAAACGGCCAAAAUACAUAUAUAAACAAAAGUUUGAGGUAUUUUAACCAAAGCGCAUGUAUUCAAUUUUAAGGAAAGCGAAAGGACGUGAUUUCAAUGAAGCUGAAAAUUCAUAGGUAAAGAAUGAAUUAACAUUAUAACCUUGUUUAGAAAAGCUGUUUUUCUCCCAAAUAAUUUCAUCGCUUUUUGUUUGGUUUUUCAUUGUUUUCCAACAAAAAUGGUGCUAUGUAUUUACCAUUCCUUUAACUAAUAGCCAUUUAGCCUUGAUUUAGAAGAUAACAUGACUGAAUGUCAAAAAUGAAUAGAUUAUAUUGUGCUUGUUCCUAUUUGAUGCUGUAUAUACAGUACUUACCAAAAGCUUUUAUUUUAUAAUAAAACAAAAUGUUUUGCAUAACACAUUUGGUUAUUAGUUUAGUUUUGGUAGAAGAAACAGCGUACAGGAGCUGUUGUGGAGAGGAUUGAACUGAUUUUAAGAGCAGUAUUAGCAGCAGGAUAUGAGAAAGGCAGUGAUUUUUCAGUCAGUUGCUUGUGUGUCGCUUUUUAGAAGUAUAAAUGUGAAGCGUAUGGUGAAUCUGAUCAUUUGUUAGCCGUCUGCAGGGCAUUAUGUCAUUUAAAUCUUGAGGCGAAGACUCUGGAUAUUACAGCAGACUUUAGCAUAAAAACUAUCAAAUUAAAAUGAAGUAGUUGUAUAGUACCCUUUUUCAAUACUUGAAAUGUAACUUGCUUUAAUAUCUACCAUCCUGAGAUUUUCCAACUUAUAGUAAUUUACAACGUACUGUAUACAAUGUGAUUGUAUUAAAAAUCUAAUAAUUAUGUAAAAUUGUAACAUAAAGGCCCUGACAUGAGGACCAUGUAUUAGAAGUUUAUUAUAGCAUUAGACGGCUUCACCUGCAACACUGAAAAUAAUAAACUGUUUUGUUAUGAUGAAUUGAAAAUGGUGCCUGUUUUCAUAGCUGAAAAACAUAUGUGGUAAUGAUACCAUCUGAACAUGACCCAAACAGUCCCCUGUUAUUAUUAAAUAAACACUGUCAGAAAAGAAAUUGGAAACUUAAGUUGUUCCCAUUUUGGGGUAAAAAGAAGGUACUGUCCUAGCAUCAAGCCAAAGAUUCAUUUUUAUCCAUUUUGUUUCUGACAGUGCAGAAUUAUUUAUUUUUGUGUAUGUUUGUUUAUUAAAAAGUGUUUUAUAAUCCCUUUAAAUAUCCCUAUGUCAUCUUCAUCCGGGAUAUUCCGAAAUGGGACCAGAACUUGGAAAAUGUUGCAUGUGUUCUAAAACGAAAGUAUACUGCAAAACUGCAAUCAUUACUUGAUAUUAUACGACUAAAACCCUUUAAAGUUACAUUUGAACAGUGUUGUAUUGGUUUGACAACUAAACAGAUUUAAACAAUUGUAAUAUUUGUAUUUGCUCCUUCGAAAAAUAUCUGUGAAGGAAACUCGUACUGUACCGUGUAUGGAGUCUGAAGGAGUGUGACCUCUGAUGAAGACUGUUUUGUGUAAUAUGUGCCUCUGAUUUACUUCUAUUAUACAAGCUUGUGUUUGUGUGUUCAUUAAAAACUAUUAAAAAGACAUAAUGCUUGCCAGAAAA